CGGCGCGCGGAAACCAUGGUGAGCGAGUCCCCUGGUCGCGGCGCCAGGGUCCCCUGGAGGCGAAGCGACGAGGCUCUGCGCGUGAACGUCGGCGGCGUGCGACGGCGGCUGAGCGCGCGCGCCCUGGCGCGCUUCCCGGGCACGCGGUUGGGCCGCCUGCAGGCCGCGGCAUCGGAGGAGCAGGCGCGGCGCCUGUGCGACGACUACGACUCGGCGGCGCGGGAGUUCUACUUCGACCGGCACCCCGGCUUUUUCCUGGGACUGCUGCACUUCUACCGCACCGGCCACCUGCACGUGCUCGACGAACUGUGCGUCUUCGCCUUCGGCCAAGAGGCCGACUACUGGGGCCUGGGGGAGAGCGCGCUGGCCACGUGCUGCCGCGCGCGCUACCUGGAGCGGCGCGUGGCGCGGCCGCGCGCCUGGGACGAGGAUAGCGACGCGCCGAGCAGCGUGGACCCGAGCCCCGGGGAGAUCUCCGACGUGCAGCGCGAGCUGGCGCGCUACGGCGCCGCGCGUUGCGGCCGCCUGCGCCGCCGUCUCUGGCUCACCAUGGAGAAUCCGGGCUACUCGCUGCCCAGCAAGCUAUUCAGCUGCGUCUCCAUCGGCGUGGUGCUAGCCUCUAUCGCCGCCAUGUGCAUCCACAGCCUGCCCGAGUACCAGGCCCGCGAGGCGGCCGCCGCCGUGGCUGCGGUGGCCGCGGGUCGCAACCCAGAAGACGUUCGCGACGACCCGGUGCUGAGGCGCCUCGAGUACUUCUGCAUCGCCUGGUUCAGCUUCGAGGUGUCGUCGCGCCUCCUGCUGGCGCCCAGCACGCGUAACUUCUUCUGCCACCCGCUUAACCUCAUCGACAUUGUGUCUGUGCUGCCUUUCUAUCUCACGCUGGUGGCCGGUGCCGCGCUCGGCCACCAGGGAGGUGCGGGCGGCGAGGACCUCGGCGACCUGGGCAAGGUGGUGCAGGUGUUCCGCCUCAUGCGCAUCUUCCGAGUGCUCAAGUUGGCGCGCCACUCCACGGGGCUGCGCUCGCUGGGCGCCACGCUCAAGCACAGCUACCGCGAGGUGGGCAUCUUGCUGCUGUACCUGGCCGUGGGGGUGUCCGUGUUCUCCGGUGUGGCCUACACCGCCGAGAAGGAGGAGGACUCGGGCUUUGACACCAUCCCUGCCUGCUGGUGGUGGGGCACAGUGAGCAUGACCACUGUGGGCUACGGGGACGUGGUGCCGGUGACCGUGGCUGGCAAGCUGGCAGCCUCGGGCUGUAUCCUGGGGGGCAUCCUGGUGGUGGCGCUCCCCAUCACCAUCAUCUUCAACAAGUUCUCUCACUUCUACCGGCGCCAGAAGGCUCUGGAAGCUGCGGUGCGCAACAGCGGCCACCAGGAGUUUGAAGACUUGCUGAGCAGCAUUGAUGGGGUGUCGGAGGGGUCUCUGGAAACGUCCCGCGAGACCUCCCAUGAGACCUCCCAGGAGGGAAGGUCUACAGACCUGGAGGCCCCGGUCCCCAGUGGGCCUCCAGACUCUCAGAUUUACUAAAACCAGGGCUUCACACCCCCUUCCCACACCUCUGCAGCCAGCUACAACACAGCAGAGAGCGUCCCCUGCUGAAGUUCUUCGUGGUCACAUACCCGCUCAGGGUCACUCACCCUAGCUGAGAAGUGACACCCAGAGGCUGGGUCCCUGCCCCCAAAGGCUCAGGGCAGGAUGGUGUUCCCCUAGAUUCUGUGAGCCGGGAGAGCAACCCAGCGACCUCCGAGCCAUCGGGGAAGCAGCAUGAGCCACAGGGAGGAAGUCGGAAGGGUGCUAACCAUUCCCGAACACCCGCUGUCUAUCAGCCGGGUCACGUUUGGCCUUGCAUUGGAGGAUGAGAAUUAUCCCCAUUUCACGGAUGAGGAAACCGAGGCUCAGGGAGGUACAGUGAGUUGCCCAAAUGUUACACAACUAGUAGUAGAGUCGAGUUGGGAAUCCAUGCUUAUUUGUCUGCUGAAACAGUGUUUCUUCCACCCUGUCUUCUGCCCUCGUGCAGUUUGCAUGGAAUCUUAGUGGGUUCAUGGGUCCCCAGAGCUGACCCAUAGAGUUAGAGCCCUCUGUCAGAGCUAGGGAAGGGACCAGACAGGACUCAGAUGUAGGAGCCCUGGACCUCAGCUGCGGUCCUUUCCAGGAGCUUCCUCAAGGAGUCAGCUCUCUAAGAUGGGGGCGGGAAGGAAGAGGGAGCCGUCUCCUUGGCUGACAUGCGCAGCACUAGCUGAAGCUUCCUUCCCCGGGCUGGCCCAAGGCCUGAGGUCCAGACCCAGCUAUGCCAGAACCUGAUGUGUGAGGCGGGCAAGCCCCUGCCCCAUGUCCAGGUUUCAGCCCACCUGUCGGAUGGCCACCCUCUGGGCCCAGAGAGAGGUGGGAGCCCAGUGGGACGGGAGGCACUGAUUCCAAGCCAGCCUGGCUCAGCAGUGUUGGUGGCAAGCAGCUGCCAGGUGGGGACACCCAUCCCCACACCCCCCACCCCAACUGUGGCAGUUCCCGUCUGCCCGCCCUGCAGACCUCUGGCCGUACCUUGAGUUACCACCCCGGCAAACGCUUGAGGCUCCUGUCCCUUUCAGCAAGCUCCAGCCCCCUCAUCCUUGCUGGGGGCUUGUCUCUUAUGCUCGCCUAUUGAAUCCUCUCCACUUGCAGAAAAGUCGGGAGGCAAAGGGUUCCCUUAGCCCUUUCACACUGAUGCCGGAACCUCCAUCACUAUACCCUCAUUGCCGGGCCGUGACUCCGUCUGCCCCAGCACACUGAGCUUUAAGACGGAGCACGGUGUCCAGUUGAACCUGAACUUGGAGCGGAGUAGGCGGUUAGGGAACGCUGAGUGGAUCAAGCGAUUCG